CGCCGCCCACCGCCCCGGAGCUCCCGAAACUCGCGGGUCUGGGACCACAGUCGACCUUCGGCGCAAGGGCGAGGCGCAGGAUUUUCCAGCUGCGUUCGGUCCCGCCCGCGAUCGAGCUGCUCCCGGAACUCAGAGGCGGGGAGCCCAGGUGGAGGAAGUCUAUACCCCUGGCACGCUGCGAGGGGCGCCCCAGACCCGGAGCAUCCCCGAGCCCAAGCGCCCGGCGUACCCUCCACCGAGGAACUCCGCAAACUGUUGCCUUACAUCUUUGAUCACACUUGCGGCUCCUCUCGUUCCUUUCGUGUUUCCCAGUGCUAGGGAGGCAGCGGACUGCAGCUUCUCACCUGCUUUUGGAACUCCUGCCUCCGCCGUCGCGACCGGAGCGGAGGAGGGACGGCCGCCCCCGCCCCAGCCUUGGGGGACUCCCCUCUGAAGGCGGACUGGGAGUUGCAGCUAGAGAGGAUCAUAGGGCAUAUCACCAGCAGGGGAAAGAUCCAAAUUCAAAAUCCAAAGGAUGGUUUCCCCUGAAUGUGUAUCUCUUUUGCAUCAUCAAUCAAGAAAUCAGAAACCGCUGGAAGCAGAAUCCUCAGUAUGUGUCAUACAGAGCUACUCUUGACAAUUUUGGUGCUUAUGUUUACAAGGACCUCCGAAACUUGUACUUCACGCUUUAACAUCACUGCAGUCAGAGGGGAACCUUUCUAUCUGAGAUACUGCUCAUCAGGAUCUGAGCACGAGGAUGAAACGGUCGCCAGCAGAUGGUACAAGGGCAGUGGACCACACGGGCGCACUGAGCUACGCUCAAGCAGCUCACCCAGAAUUUCUCUGCACGAUUACGCUUUGGAGUUUUGGCCAGUUGAGUUGGAGGACAGUGGCUCUUACUUUUUCCAAAUGGGAAAUGAUACACAUGAAUGGAAAUUAAAUGUCAUUGGAAAAAGUAAACACAGCUGUUUUGCUGAAAAACAACUAAUUAGUAAAACUGUGGAAGUUCAAAAAUCUUUGCAUAUAAACUGUAAACACCCAUACUAUGAAGAACUGGCCCAUAGAAUAUCACUGUACAAGAACUGUGAAAAGAUGGAGAACAAUAAAAACCCAGUUUUACAGAAGAAUGCAGAGUUUGAAGAUCAGGGAUAUUACACCUGUGUGUUUUUCAUUCCUUAUAAUGGAAAACUAUUUAAUGUCACCAAAACCUUCAAUGUAACAGUAGUUGGAGAUCGCAGCAAAAUAAUUCCUGUUCUUCUUGGACCAAAGGUUAACCACGUGAAGGUGGAAUUAGGGAAAGAUGUAGAACUCAACUGCUCUGCUUUGGCGAAUGAAAAGGAUGCAGUUUAUUGGAAUGUGUGGGAGGAAAAUGGAAAGGAAGCUAAUGUACAUGAAGACAGCAUAACAAGAACUAGGUAUGUACAUGUGAUGCAUUAUUUCUCACGACGUAUACAAAUCACAUUCUGUUGUAGGUUGGGUCAUUUUGAGGGUAGACAUAUUAACAUGUUGGUCGAAGUAGCUGAUACGAGAAAGUCAAGAAAGAGUAAACCUUAUUUCCUAGAUGGGAAAACAUACGAUGCUUUUGUGUCUUACCUAAAAGAAUGUGGACCCGAGAAUGGAGAAGAGCACACCUUUGCUGUGGAGAUUUUGCCCAGGGUGUUGGAGAAACACUUUGGGUAUAAAUUAUGCAUAUUUGAAAGGGAUGUAGUCCCUGGAGGAGCUAUUGUUGAUGAAAUCCACUCAUUGAUAGAAAAAAGUCGAAGACUGAUCAUCGUCCUAAGCAAAAGCUACAUGUCUAAUGAAGUCAGGUAUGAACUUGAAAGUGGACUCCACGAAGCACUGGUAGAAAGGAAAAUUAAAAUCAUCUUAAUUGAAUUUACACCUGUCCGUGACUUCACAUUCUUCCCCCAAUCACUACAGCUUUUGAAAUCUCACAGAGUUCUGAAGUGGGAUGCUGAUAAACCUCCAUCGUAUAACUCAAGGUUCUGGAAAAAUCUUCUUUAUCUGAUGCCUGCAAAAAUGGUGAAGCCAUGCGGGGCUGAAUCUGAGGUCUUGCCUGUUCUUUCGCGGUCCUGAUCUUUAGGAAAGCUGAACGUAGGCAAGAAUUCUGACCCUCUGGGCCCGGAGUGGACAAGCAUGUUUUUAACAAAGAGAACUUACUAAAAAAUAUUUACCUCUAUGAAUAUCCUACUUACAGUUUGAAGAUGACAGUCGUCAUUAGGUUGCCAGAGAUAAGACUGAACAUUGAGCUGUGGUCAUGUGCUCCCAGAGGAACGUGGGAUUCCAAAGCAAUGGAUCUCCUGUUUCUCCCUCCUCCACAACCGGCUACAGGGGCUCAUUCUCAAUCCAUGUUCAGCCACUGUGAGGCUGGGCACGAUACCUUAGGCCUUAUAAAAAGGGCACAUCUUUACGUUUUUCAUGCUAAUGAUUGAAUUAAAGGAUUUUAAGUUCAUGAAGCGGCAUUUUCUAUGAUCCAGUAGGUGAUGUAAGAGGGGGAAUGGUGGCUUCACUCUCCCACAGUGCGGCCUGCCUCUAAGCACCAUGGAUAGUGCCUGGGAUGGGGCAGAGAGCUGGUGUGCAUAGGGGACUGAGGUGUGGCAGGGCCUUGGCCUCAGGACACGUUUAAUGUGUCCCGGCCACAGCUGCAGGCCCAGUUAUUGGAACCCCCCCAAAGCACUGCACAGGGCUUGCUUAAUCAGGCCUGUUUGGAGGGAACUUCCUCCAACUGCUUUAUCUUUCAUAAGAGGCACACAUUUGAAUUCUCUGGGUUUUUCAAAAAUGGUCCAAAACUUUUGUUGCUCUAACAAGAAUGUUUAUAGACAGGAUGGGUGCCAGAUCAUAUCAUCCUUAUUAGCCAUUAGUCACUAUUAUCCAUUAGGCACAGCAAAAUAACGAUAGUUACUUGCUUGAUUUUUAAAAAAUGACAUAUUUAAAAUGCCUUUAAGCUGGAGGCAGCAUGGUGCAGUGGUAGAGCACAAGCCAUGCGGUCAAGACCCUUGAGCUCGAACCCUGGGCUUGCUACUUACUUCUGUGACCCCCGGAAACUUUGAACCACUCUGCGCCUCCAUUUCCUCAUCUGUGAAGUUAGAAUUUAUAGUAAUUGUACCUACCUCACAGGGGAACUAAAUGAGUAAGUACAAAUAGAGUACUUACAACUGUUCUUGGCACAGACUUACGAAUAUAUGUGUGGCUAUUACUACUAUUAUUCUGAAUUAUUACUAUUAACUGUUAAUUAUUAAUUGUUAGAUGAGUUAUUUAGCAGUGAACUAAAAUGGAAGGCUGAGAGCAGGAAGGAGAAAGAGAUCUGGAAGGAAGGCAGUUUUGACUUGAGGACAUUUGUAUAUAGAGAGAAGCAUAUCAGGGGCGAAAGAUAUUUCUCCAUUAGAUGCGCGAAACUUCGACAAGGUGAGCCCAGCACUUUGGGUCUUCUCGCCGACCUUGGCAGUCAUGGCUGUCCAUGGAAAUCACCAAGCAAGUGACAAAUAUCUGCCUUACACAGAAAGGAAAGAGUUGGGUAAACCUGGAAGCCUGGUUAGAAUAUAUGGAUGCAAUGUGAAUGUUCCAGAAAGGUUUAAAGCAGAGACUGUUUACAACAGCUGUAGUAGAUAUUGCUGAAAAUCAAAAAAUUGAUAUUUUAUUAAAUUUUUGGUGUGAGAAAGUGAUUUACUUUUGUAGAGCUUAAAAUUUUGUGUGCUACCUGGGUGGCUAAAAAAGUAUUAGAUUUUAAUUACUAACUUAAUGUUUUAUGUGUGAAAACAUAUGGUCUAGAGAAAUUUUAUUGCUCUCAUCAGAGUCUCUAACACAGACUGACUUUACUUUUCUCUUAUAUUGUGUGUGCUAUAAAAUACAUUAAGUGUAUUUUGUAUUAAGUGUGUUAAAUACAUAUAUUAAAUACAUGCUUUAAAAGACAUUAAUAAACCAUUGGUCUAGUGUUC